CCGCUGCUGGAGGGAGGCGGCGGAGAAAAUGGCGGCCAUGGCUGCGGAGGCGGCGGCGACUGCGGCGGUGCCGGGGGACGGCGGGGCCGGCGAGGCCGAGCCCGAGAUGGAGCCGAUCCCGGGCAGCGAGGCCGGCGCGGACCCUCUACCCGCCGUCAGCGAGGCCGUGGAGUCGGCAGUGCCGGAUGGCGAGGAGGCCGACGGCGGCAAGGCCGAGGAGCCGCCGCCGGUGCAGCGCGCCCGGAGCCCCGGCGGGACUCGCGAGCCGGACGCGGGAAGGACGGAGGAGCCGCCGCGCAGCCCGGGGGUGGAAUCGCCGCGGGCCGAGCCCCGCGCAGCAGCGCCCAGCCCGGGCUGCUCGGAGCCGCCGCAGCCCUGCCCGCCGCCCGAGCCGGCCCGGGAGCCGCCGCAGCCCUGCCCGCCGGCUGCCGGGGGCUCCGCGGGGCCCGGGGAGGAGCCGCCCCGGCCGGAGGAGGAGGAGCCGGAUGCUGCCGCCGCCGCCGCGGUGGAGCCCGAGCCGGCGGUGCCCGCGGCCCCGGGCGGAGGGGAGGCGGAGGUGCCGGCUCUGCUGCCCGGCUCCGAGGUGCGGGUCACCCUGGACCACAUCAUCGAGGACGCCCUGGUGGUCUCGUUCCGGCUGGGAGAGAAGCUUUUUUCCGGGGUCCUCAUGGACCUCUCGAAAAGGUUUGGCCCCCAUGGAAUCCCUGUGACCAUAUUUCCUAAAAGGGAGUACAAGGACAAACCUGAAGCCAUGCAGCUCCAAAGCAAACCAUUCCAAGAGGAGGCGCAGGUGAAGUGUGAGGCCGACGCCGCGGUCCCUGAUGACUCCUCCCUCACGCAGCCCUCAGAGCCCAGCAUAGCUAAAAGCCUUUGGACUUCUAAACCACCUCCUCUCUUUCACGAGGGAGCUCCGUACCCUCCUCCUUUGUUUAUCAGGGACACCUACAACCAGUCAAUACCUCAGCCUCCACCCCGGAAAAUCAAGCGGCCCAAGCGGAAAAUGUACAGGGAGGAGCCCACUUCCAUCAUGAACGCCAUCAAACUACGGCCCCGGCAGGUCCUGUGUGACAAGUGCAAAAACAGCGUGGUGGCAGAGAAAAAGGAGAUCAAGAAAGGUGGCAAUGCAAGUGACUCUUCCAAAUAUGAGGAUAGUAAAAAGCGAAGAAACGAGAGCGUGACUACUGUGAAUAAAAAACUUAAGACUGACCAUAAGGUGGAUGGAAAAAGCCAAAACGAAAGCCAGAAAAGGAACGCUGUGGUCAAGGUUUCAAAUAUUGCCCACAGCAGAAGCAGAGUGGUUAAGGUUUCCGCACAAGCAAAUACUUCAAAAGCGCAGUUAAACACAAAAAAAGUUCUCCAGAGCAAAAACAUGGAUCAUGCAAAAGCUCGGGAAGUCUUGAAAAUGGCCAAAGAAAAGGCACAAAAGAAGCAGAGUGCAACCUCCUCUUCCAAAAAUGCACAUUCAAAGGUCCACUUCACGCGGCGUCUUCAGAACACCAGCUCAGGGUCCCUCCCGCCCCGAUUGCGCCUAAAGCCCCAGCGGUACCGCAAUGAAGAAAAUGACUCUUCCCUCAAGACAGGACUUGAGAAAAUUCGGAGUGGCAAGAUGGCAACUAAGCCCCAGUCUCGCUGCUCCUCCACCCGCUCAGCAGGUGAGGCCCCUUCAGAAACCCAGAGCCCCUCAGAAGGCCCCGAAGAGGCCAGCAGUGAGGUUCAGGACACGAGUGAAGUGCAUGUAACUGUUGAUCAGGAUGAACAGCAGACACUGGGCAAGAGAGGCAGCAAAAGCAAUAUAACGGUUUACAUGACCCUUAAUCAAAAGAAAUCUGACUCUUCCAGUGCAUCAGUUUGUAGUAGUGAUAGCACAGAUGAUUUGAAAUCCACCAACUCUGAGUGUAGCUCUACUGAAAGCUUUGAUUUUCCUCCAGGCAGCAUGCAUGCACCUUCCUCCUCCUCCUCCUCUUCCUCCUCCUCCUCCUCUUCGAAGGAAGAGAAAAAGCUCAGUAAUUCCUUGAAAACAGAAGUCUUUUCCAAAAACGUCUCUAAAUGUGUCACACCAGAUGGCAGGACCGUAUGUGUAGGGGACAUUGUUUGGGCCAAGAUUUAUGGCUUCCCUUGGUGGCCGGCCCGUAUCCUUACCAUAACUGUGAGCCGCAAGGAUACCGGGCUGCUGGUGCGCCAGGAGGCUCGUAUCUCAUGGUUUGGCUCCACCACCACGUCUUUCCUUGCUCUUGCACAGCUCUCCCCCUUUUUAGAAAGCUUCCAGUUGCGCUUUAAUAAGAAGAGAAAGGGUCUGUACCGCAAGGCCGUCACUGAGGCAGCCAAGGCUGCCAAGCAGCUCACGCCCGAGGUGCGGGCCCUGCUGACGCAGUUUGAGACGUGAACGUGGAGAGUAAGGUAGGCAAGAAACCUGGAGGCUCCAGCAAACCCCAGCCAGGUUAGAGAGCGCUGCCAGGAGGGAGGUGGCAGAGGCAGAAGUUGCACUCGGUGACCGACCGCUCUUUUCGCACGAGGCUCGUGCCGUGCGGAGCGGCUCGUGACGGUUAAAACCAAUUGAACAUGCAAUCAAAAUUAGCCUAAAAGCGAGGACUGAGGUAUUUUUCAAGUGAGAAUUUUUUUUUAAAGAGAAAGAAAAAAAAAAAAAAAACCAAACCACCCGAUGCAUAGGAGCCAUAGCCUCAGCUGGAAGGCAGCUGAUUUGCAGGGAAUUUUUUAGUAGUUUCUACCCAGUAUAUAACUAGUUCUGUGUGGCCAGGGGUUGACACGAGGGAUGAAAGUAGUAGCUGUGACUUUUUUGUUUUAUUAGGUGGCCCAUCAGGGAAGUGUAGAAAUGUAAGCCUUGUCUAAAUGGUCUUUAAAGAUUAUUUUUAACCAGUCUCUAAUGGAUUUAGUCUGGCCGGGCCCGGUGGGCCCAAGCUCCCCUCUGUGGGCCGGUUUAAAUGGCAUUGGAGACGUGCUCUGAGUUGUAAGGAAGAAGAAUUUUAGUGACUUAAAGACCAGAUUAAAUGGGGUUUUAUCGUAGUGACCACUUAAACACUCAACCUUUCUAUGCACAUGGGGGCACAACUAAAUCACUUCAGGGUCGGAGAAGUCGAGGGAUGCCUGUAGCUCUAAGAUAAAGCUGAGGAGGCCUCAGUGUUUGGGAUCAAGGGCUGUUAAUGCUGCAUAGGUGUGAAUCAUUCUGGUCUUUCUUCCUGAAGAAAUCUUUCAGGCCAUUUGCCUGGAGGUUUAGAUUAAGAGAGGCUUUGUUUUGAAUGUGUAAAUAAUCAAUUGCUGAAAUUGGUCAGAUUUUCUCCUGACUGGUUGUUCCUAAAUUCUUAGGAUACGUCCUAGUAAAUUACACUUUGUGAAUUGUCAGAUGUGUAAUUGUUGCAUUUUGGAUGUAUCUAACUUUUUUUUUCUUUUUUUUUUUUCUUUUUUUUUUAACUAUUUCCAUUUAAGGUAUCUGUUUGCAGGUCAGAAAAAUGAGAUAUGUAAUUGUGUAAUGCUCUGAAAUGUAAAAAAAACAAACUGUAAAUAAAAUUGACUAAAUCUGAAUUAUUUGUGUGUGUUUCUCAAAAAGCUUUGAAACAAAUCCAGGAUGUCAGAGUAUUUUAUCUGUAUGCCGGAUUUAGAGGACACCCUUAAAAAGUAAAUUGUCCUUUUUUAUGCAUUCUUAAAGAUGAAGUGCUUGAUGUAAAUAAUAUUGGUAUACUUCAGUCUUAAUUUGGAGAUUAUUAAUUAUCUGUCCCUUUUGUUUCAGAACCAGCUCUGUAGAGGGCUUUCUGGAAAGUUGAUUAAAUUUCUCCCUAAAUUAGCUUUUGGGCCAUAUAUUUGAGUAGAGAUUGUGGAUAAUGUCACUUGUACAGUGGGGAAUGUUUCAGUUUCCAUCUCAGAGCAGUCAGAGCUGCUCUCCACUGCCAUUCCAGCUUUUCUUGCAUGGUUUUUGCUCAUUACUGGGGCAUUUUCAUGCAAUGCACUUGACUUUUUUUUUUUUUCCCUGUAAGUUUUGGUCCUUACCUGACCAUGUGAAUUCCUGUGUCCUCCAACCCAUUCCUUCUUCAGCCUUGCAAUGCCUUGUGAAGAGUCUCCUGGUGCUCAUCCCAAAGCAGUUUUCAUCCUGGUUUUUCCAGGAUUGCCCACGUAGGCAAUUAUGACAGAUGUAAAAAUUUAAGCUCAGACUGAAAUUAAACAAAUAUUAAAAAGGGGGCAAAGAUUUAAUCAUUGAACCCUGAAAAGAUUUUUAUUUUAAGAUUUAAUUUCUUAUGUUCAUGAUACUGUAUGGUCUUGCCAAAGCAUUCAGUUUCUUUUUACCUUUUUUAAUUAUUUUGUCGUGCCCACAGAACUAUUGGAAGUCUAAGGUGUCAGACGCGUGGCUGUUCAAAUCUUCCUCAAGAUGACAGUCAUUAAUUGCUAAUUAAGCUUCCAAAUAUAGCAACUUUACCUUGGCAUUCUAACUGUUCCCAAAAAUCCCCACUGGUCAAUGCUUUUUGAAUGUGAUAAACACACAAUAGAUUUUGUAAAAAACAAAAAAAAAAUUGGAAAAAAAAUCUGUUUCACUUCUCUGUAUUCUCUCCUGCAAACAGAAACAGUUUCUUUAAGUAAAUAAGCUGUAUUUUGUAAUUAAAGCAAACUGCUUUUUGGAGUCAGGAACCCAUGUGAGGUGGGUCAGAUGUCUACACCACUUCCUUCAGGUUUAGAAGCUCAAGUGAACUGGCUUUAAGUUAGUUGUUCUAAGCCAAGCAGUGGCAAAAUCAAUAUUGACAUUGUUAUUUUUUUCUUUAGAAGACCUGGAAGCUUUGUUCUCUUAAUUUAUAUAAAAUUAGAAUAGCACUGCGGCUUACAUAGGCAGAGUUUGCUCAGGUGUUCACUGGGGAGCAACAGGUAUGGGAGGGCUUUCUUUAGGUGGUUUUAUGUUCAAAAGGACUGUUUUUGGAAGGCAUUUAAAUCAGUUUGGAUUUGUAAGAGAUGAGUUUUAAGUCUUUCCUCAGUUUCAGAGUGAAUGUGCUGGAUUGCUGCAGACUGAACAGGGCUCAAAACGAGUAAUUUGUUAAAUUAAUUUUUAUAACACCAUGUUGCAGUAAGUUGAAAAUCUCUUUGUACUCAUCGGUGACUGUCCUUUAACUGCAAAGGAGCUGCUCCUGUGGAUGCAGCAGUUUCCAGGGGCUGGGCUGGGCAGAGCCUGGUCCGGGGUGAGCAGAGCCUUGGGGGCUGGGACAAGGCUUAGGCCUGGCUUAGCUAAGCUGUGAACCCCCCCUUGGUGUGCCCGUGGUGCCAGCAGUGCCACAGCUCCAGGGCUGGCUCUUUCCAUGAUUCCUCCAGGAUUUAUCCAUUGCUCCCACCCCCGUGGCUACAAAGGGGCUCAGGCUGGGCAGGGAGGCUCAGGGGGCUGUCAGGAAGAAUUUCUUCAUGGAAAGGGUAGUUGGGAUUGGAACUGCCCAGGGAGGGUUGGAGUGCCCGUCCCUGGGGCGGCCCAAGGAGCUCCUGGAGGUGGCACUGAAUGCUCUGGGCUGGGGACAGUGUGGGGAUCUGGCACAGAAAGGACUUGGUGACCUUGGAGGUCUUUUCCAACCUAAAUCCUUCUGUGACUCUGCCUUCAGAAGGUGAACAGCAGCACAGAGGGUGACUGCUACUUUCCCGUCAGUUUAAUAGGAUAAAUGGCAAAUGAUGCCUUUUUUAAUCAGUGAAGUGCCUCUGUGUGGCUGUUGGGUAUUUAUGGCCUGUCAGUUUAGGGGAGAAUGGGGCAUGAUGAGUUUCAGUACAGCUGUUCUGUUCCUCUGAGGAUCUUGGGGUAAAAUGCCUUGGGAGAGAGAGCAGUUAUUGCAAAGCUUCGAGCUCUUUCCCCAGAGCUGUUUGAAGGUGUGAGGCUUCAGGAGCAGAGCUGGAAGCAGCAGGAAAUGCUUGUGUGUGUCUGAAGUGGAGUCUUGCAGGAAAUUGAACAGAUAUUUGUUACUGUUCUAAUUAGAGUUGGAACUUUGUGUCAACACUUCAGUGAGAUAAUCAUCUCUGAUGAUUUGGUUUCUCUUUCAGACACUGCUGUGUUCAGUUUGGAACCUACAGAACUACCCUGGGUGGGGUUCCUAGGUGGUUUAGCUCUGUGCAAGACUGAAAAGACUUUUUUUUUUUUUUCAGCAUUUAGGUUUUUUAAACAUAGUUUCAAGCUGAUUUGGAUUCUAAAUUUCUAAGCAAUUAGAAUAAGAGUAGCAAAGUGAGGAAGGGUAAGAGUUGCUUUUUGCAUUGCUGGCCCUUAGGUCUGGUUCUAUUUAACUAUUUUAAAUCCUGAUAUUUUCUUUCAUGUCAGCUAAAACUGUCAAGAGUAGCAGAGGAACAUGAAUUUUAGAAAAUAAAUGUCAGUAGCUCAUUCUCAGCAUCAUCAUCUGUCCUUCUGCCUGUUCUGUGGAGUCCAGUGAGAAAACAGAGCAGCUUUCAGAGCAGCUUUCUUGGCUGAGGAGCUGUGGAAAGACUGAUACUCAGGGAAAGGCUAUUUCAGUCCAUCCUUUGCUUUAGCAUUGUGUUCCAAUGAAUGCCUGCAGGACCAGCAAAUGCAGGCAGGGCAGGGGGUCCCUCACUGGUCUGAAGCUGAAGCCUGAGCUGGAGCGAAGUGCAGUGAGCUGGAGCCUAAAGGGAUGGAUGGCAGUGUGUGCUGGCAUAAUCCACUGGGUACAAUGACUAGGACUGUUUAGAAAGGGAAUUUUUCCAUAACUGACAAAGCUGCUGACCAUGGAGUGAUCAGGGAUCAGCCACAUUUAAUGCUGGGAACUUGUGUAGCUGCCUGAAGAUCCAUUAGAUCAGGUCUGAGAGAUGGGGAUGGGAAUAUCCAGUGCCAAAUUCUCCUUAAUCCCUGCUGGAGAGAGCCUGUGUGUGAUCCCUGGCCUUGCAGUGACCGUGGCAGUUCCCAGUCAACAUUUAACCCCCCCAGCUGACCUGUGGGACACUUUGGAUUUUAGUUCUAACAGAUCCCUCCCACGGGUCACCCUGGCAGUGUGUUCAUUUUGGGGCUGUUCAGGUGGAUAACACCCCCUGCUCUGUGGCUUUUCCCUUCUCCUCCCUGCUCACCCUCCUGGCGUUUUCAGGCACCCGCUCUAGUCUGAGCCCAUCUACCUCUGACCUCUGUGGUAAGAACUCUUUGUGGUCAUUUGGAUGGGUUUUACCAAACAGCAGCAAUUCCUCCCAGGUCAGAAAUAGCUCUAAUCAUUGGGGUUUAAUUGUUGGACCCUGACAGCAGCUUAUGAUUCCCUGUGAUUUACUCACACAUUUCAAUCUUCUAUAUUACCUGGGAUGUGGACACAAUCCAGACUGUCAUUUAAAUUAAUUAAUUAUGUUUUCCCCUUACAUUUAACAACGACACAAGUGCCCUUGUGUGAACACAAGGCAGAGCAGCAGUUCCCAGGCAUGGCUGUGGUGCCAGGGAGUUGGUGACUGGUUUGCCAUUCUUUUUCCCUGCACAGCUUUGCUGUUGCUCCCAGAUGGGGCAGUUUGGGAUAAUUCCCUGGAGCAGCACCUUAGUGCCAGGCACCAGCCACUGAGGAGAGCUUGGCUCCAUGUUUUCCCCAGGAAAAAAUAAUUGGUGUUGCUGGCAGGAGGUGGGAACAGCAGGAGCUGGAAGGUGGGUGGUGCUGACAGACCAGGGCUUCAGAAAACCUGAGCCACCUUGCACAUCCAAGAGGGACACACAAGGGAGCAAAAGGUAAAAAAAAAAGGUGGAAUAACCUGGAAAAGGUGACUCCCUGUGCUUGUGCCAUGAGAUGAUGAGAUGUGGUGUCUGAUCUCCUCUUCCUGCCUGCCCAUGGCCUGAGGGGAGAACUUAGCAGCAGCCUGCAGGUAGGAAUUGGCUCAGGGAACAAAUCAGGGUCCCCUGGAGCAAGUUGGAAUCUGGGCUUUGCUCCUUUAGUGGGAGAAGAAAUGGAUCUGUGGGGUUUGUUUGUGCUGUGUUUGACAAGUUACUUCCCAAACAGGACCAGGCACAUUUCGAGCAGCUGUAAUUCCGUUUCCGUGCCAGUGAUUCCAUUCCUCAGUGCAGAGGAGGAAGGGAGGACUGUGGGAACUGAGGCUGUUCCAGGUGUGUGAAUCCCUGUGGGAUGGGGCAGAAGGGGAAGCAGGGCUCUGUUGAGUUGCAGCUGGGACAGGAAAUAACACUUAAACUGAGGCAGGGAGUUGGAAUCAAGCACUGGAAUAUUGAUUGCAUUUGUGACAGUGAAACCCUGGGUGCUGUUUGUGUGAAGCCAGGGUGUGAAAAGCAAUGGGUCAGGCUGAGCUGGGCUCAGUGCAGCCGGGAGUGCGAGAGGACAGGUCCUGGAUCUGCCCUGUCACUUUGUCAUUAGCAAGGCUGAUUUUGGAAAAACAAAAUAUUUGUAAAAGUAUAUAACAGAGGAUUCUGCCCUCUGCGUCCUGGUGACAUCCUGCAGGAAUCACACUUGGAGUGACCCAGGUUUGAUCUGAGGAAACCUGCACUGCCCUUCUGCCAGGGGCCUCGGGGUGCAGCCUCUGCUUGGCUGAUGCCAUUUAUGGAACAGCAACUUGAAAUCAGGUUGUUCUUUAGAAAAAAAACCCAACAAAUCUAGGUCAGUUUUCCUGUUUGUAUAGAGAUGUUUUGGAUGUCAAAUAUGCAACAUGAAUAAGGAAUAUUCUCCUACAUGCAAGGCAUGUACUGGGAAUCCGUGCUUUGGGAGGCAAGUGUUUGUUGCCAGCACUGAGAUUCUGUAACAGAACCACAGCAAUUCAGGUGGCAGAAUUGUCCUUGCCAUCCUUUAACAGGUGCACAAAGAGGGAGAGGGGAUCUUGCUUUGUCAGUAAAAUAAGCAGAUACAAUUCCAAGCAAAUAUUUGCUUAAAUGCUAAUUUAGCAUAAUUUUUUGUUUAGUAAUGUGUAGGAUUUUUGUUUGGCUUUAGAAAAUGCUGGGGUUUAAUUGCAUCUCUGCAGUGUUGCAGGAUUUAAUUUAAAGCACAUAGUGCCAGUUUGGGUGCUUAGUAGCUCUGGUGAAAAGGAACUAAAACCACAAAAACUAUUUUUUAAAGUAUUGUAGUCAGUUUAGUUAAU